AUGGUCAAAACACUCCCUUUUGCUGAUAUCCAUGUUCCAUCUCCCGGCUUCGGGGCUAUGGGUCUGAGUUUCGGGUUGGGCUCAAACCUCAGCUUGGAAGAGGCAGAGCCCGUGCUGCUGAAGGCCAUCGAGCUGGGAUGUACAUUCUGGGAUACCGCUUUAACACCAACACCAGUCGCCUCUAAGUGUGGCUUCGAUGUCUUUGGCAAGGGCGGCGUCACCAACUCUGCUACCCAUAUUAAGGAGUACAUCGAGGGAACCAUUAAACGCCUUGAUUUCACGCCUGAUCUCUACUAUCUCCACCGGAUUGACCCUAAUACGCCCCUCGAAGAGUCAAUCCCGGCCCUGGAUGAGAUCCGCAAGGCCGGAAAGACCAAGUACAUUGGCCUCUCUGAAUGCUCAGCUGCGACCCUGCGAAAGGCGAACUCAAGUAUGCACCCCUCAAACGUCCCACCUUGGCUUCUUGGUGCUGACUGGUUUGUGAUAGUCGCCAGAAUCGACGCCAUACAAGCUGAAUACUCCACCUUCGAAACCAUCCAUGAAACAGACGGUCUUAUCGACACAGCAAAGGAGCUAGGCAUCGCCUACAUUGCCUACAGUCCGCUAGGCCACGGCUGGCUCGUCGAUAACUUCGACUACAAGACACCUGACGAUUUUGCGCCGGAUGAUUUCCGACGGAGGAGCCCCAAGUUUCAAGGCGAGAACUUCUACAAAAACCGUGCCAUAGUCGAGGAGACCAAGAAGCUUGCGCUGAAGAAGGGUGUCUCGAUCUCGCAGAUUGCGCUUGCUUGGGUCGCCGCGCAGGGGAUGAUUGCAAUUCCGGGGACGACCAAGGCGAAGCGUUUAGAAGAGAACUGGGCCUCCAGGGAGAUUGAGUUUAGUGGGGAAGAGUGGAAGGAGAUGAGGAGGAUUAUUGACGCUGCAAAACCUGCGGGCAAUCGGUAUGGGCCGGAGCACCAGGCUUUGGUGGGGCAUUGA